AGGGUAUUCUCGGUCCGCAGCUGGAUCAGCUGGUUGGACUCUCCGCUGCGCGGCAGUCACUUUUUUGGGGGAGCGAAAAAGAACAUUUGGUAGUUUUUAUUGAGAAUUUUUCACCGGAAACGCUGGAUUAGGCUCCUGAUUUUUACACAGUUUUCUUAGUUACUUUCUUUCUUUUUAUUUAUAUGAUUUUAGCCGUAAGUGUCGAUAAAUUGGAUUAAAGUAUUUUAUGAUUUGAAAAGUGAUAUUUGAUAGUCUCCUGGUAGUGAAUGGGCUGGAGCUGUGCGAGCUCAGCAGCAUCAGACUGUGGGUUUAGUUGGACUGAGGCUCCUGUGCCAACGCCUUUCCCCCCCUCUCUCUCUCGGCUUCGCCCUGCGUUGGGGAACUUCAGCUCACGCCGAGCCCAGAGCUCGUUGGAAGGUGUUUUCAACUUAUGAGCUGCUGAAACCACAGUCCGUCACCUAAGAAUUAGUUUGAAGGCAGGAAAAAUGGGGUGCACGAUCAGCGCCGAGGACAAAGCUGCGGUGGAGAGGAGUAAAAUGAUUGAUAAAAACCUGCGAGAAGACAGAGACAAAUCUUCCAAAGAAGUGAAACUACUUUUACUCGGUGCUGGAGAAUCUGGGAAAAGCACAAUAGUUAAACAGAUGAAGAUCAUUCAUGAAGAUGGCUACUCAGAAGAGGAGUGCAAGCAGUACAAAGUGGUCGUGUACAGCAACACCAUCCAGUCCAUCAUGGCCAUCAUCAGGGCAAUGGGCCAGUUGAAGAUAGAUUUCGGAGAUGAGGCGCGAGCGGAUGACGCUCGCCAGCUGUUUGCCCUGGCGGGUUCAGCAGACGAAGGAGUGAUGUCCGCAGAGCUGACCAGCGUGAUCCAGAGGCUGUGGAGCGAUGCUGGAGUUCAGGCCUGCUUCGAUCGAUCUCGAGAGUACCAGCUCAACGACUCGGCUGCAUACUACCUGAACGAAAUGGAGAGAAUCUGCCAGCCAGACUACAUCCCAACUCAGCAGGAUGUUUUGCGCACACGUGUGAAGACCACCGGGAUCGUUGAAACUCACUUCACGUUCAAAGAACUCAACUUCAAGAUGUUUGAUGUUGGAGGUCAGCGCUCAGAGAGAAAGAAGUGGAUCCAUUGUUUUGAGGGAGUCACUGCAAUCAUUUUCUGUGUGGCCCUCAGUGACUAUGACCUCGUCUUGGCUGAGGAUGAGGAAAUGAACCGGAUGCAUGAGAGCAUGAAGCUUUUCGACUCCAUCUGCAACAACAAGUGGUUCACCCGCACCUCCAUCAUCCUUUUCCUCAAUAAGAAAGACUUGUUUGAAGAGAAGAUCACCAGAAGUCCCCUUACUAUCUGCUACCCCGAGUACACUGGUGAGAGCACAUACAAAGAGGCAGCAGAUUAUAUCCAGUGCCAGUUCGAAGACUUGAAUAAACGAAAGGACAUCAAGGAUAUCUACACACACCGUACAUGUGCGACAGACACCAAGAAUGUGGAGUUUGUGUUUGACGCAGUAACUGAUGUCAUCAUCAAGAUCAACCUGACGGAGAUUGGGCUCUACUGAAGCUACGGCUGCCUUUCAGGUUUCAGAACAAUCAGGACUUCUGGGAUCUUUUCUGCAGAGGGAAAAUUCAAAAGUAGGCGUCACUAAGGACUACGCCGCAGGACCUAAACUGCGUUAACUUUGGGACUUGCAACUGUUAUCACUUUUGUCUUAAUAGAAUUUUAAGAUGUGGUGUGCUCUGAGAGGAUGAAAGUGGGCAAAGCGUGUGAAAUGAUCCCUGUCAUAUUUAAGAUCUUUGCAUCACUCAGGCGGGUUUAUUGUUUUGCUGUCAUCUGCACAAGGACCAAAACUGACUGCCUGUUCAUCAGAUCCAUCAAAUCAUUUCACAGUUUUUAUGGCUAAAAUGUUUAUUCUGUUCACCAUCGUGUUGCGUUUUGUCUUAGCUGUGGCACAUUACGUUACUAAAUAUUUGCAUCUGUUGUAUUUUAUUUUUAAUUUUUACUUUUAGUUAUGGAGAAUUUCCAUUUUUGGGGGGAUGCAUGAAUGACAUAUUUUAUGUAUAGUACAAAGUUUUUUGUGAUUAGUUUGAUGUCAAGCAUAAAAUAUAAGCAGUUGGGUCAGGGAUUAGUUAGCUGAAGUCUAAGGAACUCAGUAGCCACAUCCGUAUCUGCAUAGGUGUUUUUUGUUUGUUUGUUUGUUUUAUUUUAACAUGAACACAUUGUACUGAACAUCUUUAUUGAAAUCAGUGUGUGAAGGGAUUUGAUUUUGAUGUACUGUUGUUGUUUUUUUCAUUGAUCUUGCAAUAUAAAUAUUAUGUAGUCUUUAAAAGGUCGAUGUACCGUCUUGUGAAUACUAGUAAAGAAAUAUAAAAACUAAACUGUGAAACUGGGAUAAUAGUUUGAUGCAGGCAUUUAGAUGCAAACAGUACAUGAGGACUGAAUACUUAGGAAGACUGCUGCUGUAUAUUCUGCAGUAAAGCACAGUCCUGCACAGCCUGGUCCCAAAAGCAAAGUUCAUCAAAGGUUAUUACUGAUUGGCCACAUGAUUAAAACCACUGAAGGUAAAGUGAUGACAUUUUCUGGUAAAACCUUGGAUCCUGGGAUUCUUAUAGAUGCUAUGUCAACAUGUAUCGCCUACCUAAAAACAGUGCUGCAGACCAAGGAUCAAGGAAGUAGCCUCCCUCCAGCAUGCACCACCUAAAUUAUCCUUUGAGCCUCCAAACGUCUUUGAAGUUCACAACAAUAAGCCUGAUUCAAAAAGGACCCACCCUGCAGUCUACAGGACCCAAAGGACACCACAAUACAUCUGCAGACGUCUUAUGUCCAGUGUGUCAGAGCUGUAUAUUGUUAGGCAGGUGUCUGAUGGACGUAUAGCUCACUUGAAAUCUGAGCAGUUGUACUGGCCCUGUUUUAACCUCAUAGCUCAAAGCUGUCUGAAUGUUCCUCUGGUUUAAAACAAAAUAACAGGCAACACUAACCAGAUGCUAUCCACUGUAAACCAUAUAGUCAUAUUCUCACCGAAACAGAGCAGAGACUGAGGUCAUUCAGGUUGGAAGCAGUAUUUUUAGACUUCGGCGACACAUCUGUAUGUUUGGAGCUGAGGGUCAGUGUGUUCCAGCUGCUGCACACACAAAACAGCUCAAAUUGUCUUUCUCUGCUGUCUCUGCUUGAGAGUAAAACCAUGAAAUAAACUCAAAUGAGAUGCAAGCUACGAGUCAACAUGACAGCACACAGGAAAAGACUCUUUGAGCCAAAAUGUGCAAUUUUUUGUGUUCAGUUUGCAGGAUAUAGGUUGUGACAUUCUAAAACUUCAUGAUGUCAGCAGGUAACAUCAGACUAAAGCCAACAACGUGCUGGUCCAUCUCUCCACUUACAUUUACUUCCUACAGCACUCAGCCUCAUUUGUUCCAGCCAGAGCUGUUAAUCUUUAAAGAAAAUUGAGAAUCAGUUAUAUUUUUUAAGAAGGCUUUGCG